GCCUCCUCCGCUGGGGGACGGGAAGCCCGCCGACUUUGAGGAGCAGGAGGAUGGAGAGGACCUUUUCACCAGCACCGUCACCACCCUCGAGCGAUCUGUGAAACCAAGUGUUCCUGUUUUCUGUCAGAGGAAACACCCUCUAUGAACUGAACUGUAUUGGGUCCCUUUUGUUAAGUUCACGUUUGAACUUGCUUUGCGUUUGAUGAGAGCUCACCCACCUCCGAGCCCAGUGUUAAAGUGUGCAUCUGUGUAUUCAAAUUCAAUUCCAUCUUCUCCAGAACCAAUUAGUCUUCUUACAGAAGAUGUUAGUACAAACUCCAAUGGUCCAAAACCUGCAGAAGUUGUGCUAGAGGAUGACACAGAAGAUCUUUUUGCAGAAGCCACAGAAGAAGUUUCUCUGGACAGUCCAGAAAGGGAACCUAUCCUCUCCUCUGAACCUUCUCCUGCUGUCACACCUGUGACCCCUACUACACUCAUUGCUCCCAGAAUUGAAUCAAAGAGUAUGUCUGCUCCUGUGAUCUUUGAUAGAUCUAGGGAAGAGAUUGAAGAAGAAGCAAAUGGAGAUAUUUUUGAUAUAGAAAUUGGUGUAUCAGAUCCAGAGAAAGUUGGUGAUGGCAUGAAUGCUUACAUGGCAUAUAGAGUAACAACAAAGACUUCUCUUUCCAUGUUCAGUAAGAAUGAAUUUUCAGUUAAAAGAAGAUUUAGUGACUUUCUUGGUUUGCAUAGCAAGUUAGCAAGCAAGUAUUUACAUGUCGGUUAUAUUGUACCACCAGCUCCAGAAAAGAGUAUAGUAGGCAUGACCAAGGUCAAAGUGGGUAAAGAAGAUUUAUCAUCCACUGAAUUUGUAGAAAAACGAAGAGCAGCUCUUGAAAGGUAUCUUCAAAGAACAGUAAAGCAUCCCACUUUACUACAGGAUCCUGAUUUAAGGCAGUUCUUGGAAAGUUCAGAGCUGCCUAGAGCAGUUAAUACACAGGCUCUGAGUGGAGCAGGAAUAUUGAGGAUGGUGAACAAGGCUGCCGACGCUGUCAACAAAAUGACAAUCAAGAUGAAUGAAUCGGAUGCAUGGUUUGAAGAAAAGCAGCAGCAAUUUGAAAAUCUGGAUCAGCAACUUAGGAAACUUCAUGCCAAUGUUGAAGCCUUGGUCUGUCAUAGAAAAGAACUUUCAGCCAACACAGCUGCCUUUGCUAAAAGUGCUGCCAUGUUAGGUAAUUCUGAGGAUCAUACUGCUUUAUCUAGAGCUUUGUCUCAGCUUGCAGAGGUUGAGGAGAAGAUAGACCAGUUACAUCAAGAACAAGCUUUUGCUGACUUUUAUAUGUUUUCAGAACUACUUAGUGACUACAUUCGUCUUAUUGCUGCAGUGAAAGGUGUGUUUGACCAUCGAAUGAAGUGCUGGCAGAAAUGGGAAGAUGCUCAAAUUACUUUGCUCAAAAAACGUGAAACUGAGGCAAAAAUGAUGGUUGCUAACAAACCAGAUAAAAUUCAGCAAGCUAAAAAUGAAAUAAGAGAGGAAAUUGAAGAGUGGGAGGCAAAAGUACAACAAGGAGAAAGAGAUUUUGAACAGAUCUCUAAAACAAUUCGAAAAGAAGUAGGAAGAUUUGAGAAAGAACGAGUGAAAGAUUUUAAAACUGUUAUUAUCAAGUACUUAGAAUCAUUAGUACAAACACAACAACAGCUGAUAAAAUACUGGGAGGCAUUCCUACCUGAAGCCAAAGCCAUUGCCUAGCAGGAAGAUUGCUCCUGUUAAGAUCUUGGAUGUUUGUUCCAGUUAUGCUGAUUCCACAGUGAAAUCAUUUAAAACCAUCUAAAUAAACCACUAUAUAUUUUAUGAAUUACAUGUGGUUUUUAUAUAUAUAUGUGUGUGUGUGUAUAUAUAUACACAUAUACAUAUAUAUGUGUGUGUGUUUAUAUAUAUACACACAGUCUGACAUUUUAUUACAAGCUGCAUGUCCUGACCCUCUUUGAAUUAACUGGACUGUGGCAUGACAUUCUGCAGUACUUUGCUGAAUUGAACACUAUUGUGUCUUAAAUACUUGCACUAAAAAGUGCACUUCAAGGUCAGAAAUUUUACAAAUUUUUUCUUUAUAUGUUCUAUAGUGUGUUCAACCUCUUUAUGAAGUGAAUUAUCAAUGCAUUGAUUAUUGUUCAUUUAUACAUUCCUGUACAGAAAUUAUGAUAUUGUGAUUACAGUAAUAAAAUGAUAUUCCUUGUGAA